GCAUGCCUCCGGCUGUGCUGAUUUGGGCACUCCAGUUUAUGUAGUUGUAGCUCAACUCUUUCCUUCUCCAAGAACGAACAAAGAAGAAAAGGAUUCUUUUUCGAUCAGCAAAAACUUCUAAAACAACACAACAGAAAAAUUGAUUCAAUUUAGUGGGUGCCCAAUCCAAAAACUGCACAUGCUGCGCAUCUGAGGAUUCCAAGUUCUGCACGUAUUCUCACGGUUACUUAGACGACGACAACAACGAUCACAACUCGAGUGAACAACUGUUCUGCUUUUACUCUUCCUCAAACAGAGGCUGAAGUAUACACCUGGUUGAUGAAAACUCUAUGACCUGUGCAAACGGAAUGAACAGUCCUCAGUGGAAAAAUUUCCAGCCGCCAAUGCAGGACCCUGCCAUCUUAUCUUUUCAACGAUCCUCAAACACAAUGAAUGCCACUCUGAUUCAACAGCCCAACAGUAAUGGCAUAGUAAGGGAAACCGGAUUUGUCGAAAAACUUUUGCAUUCCUAUGGUUUUAUCCAAUGCUGUGACAGGGAGGCCAGACUUUUCUUUCACUUCAGUGAAUAUAAUGACAGUAUAGACAACAUGAAAAUUGGAGAUCCAGUGGAGUUCCAGAUGUCGUAUGACCGGCGUACCGGGAAGCCUGUGGCCUGCGCUGUGACAAAGGUAGAAAGCCCACUUAUUGAUGUGGAGGUCCUCAGUGAGGAGAAAUAUAAAGGAACAAUAGUACAAGAAGCUAAACCUCUAAAGAACAAAAAUGGCUCAUUACCUCAGACUGUUGACGGACUGGGGCGCGUGACAUAUGAACACAAUGGAGAGUGCUUUUUCCUGCCCUACGGGGUAGAAGACAUCGUGGAUUCCAGCGUUAAGCUGAAAGCUGGAGAUCAAGUCAACUUUUCAAUAUCCACUGACAAAAGGAACGGGAACAUCCGUGCUAGACAACUAGAUGGGGUGUCGUCUCCUCAGUCAGAGCGACAUCAGGGAGUUGUGUGCUCAAUGAAAGAGAGCUUUGGCUUUAUCGAGCGCGCUGAUGUUGUGCGAGAAAUAUUCUUUCACUACAGCGAAUUUAAAGGGAACAUCAACGAAUUGCUUCUAGGAGAUGAUGUGGAAUUCAACGUUCAAACUAGAAAUGGUAAAGAAGUGGCUGUGAACAUUAUUCGACUGGCUGAAGGAACAGUUAUCUUUGAAGAUAUCGCCCUGGAUAGAAUUAAAGGGACUGUGUUAAAAACUUUGAAAGGGGCGAACAGUAGAAGACAGAGUGAUCCCUUGGCUGGAAGGAUUGGCUACACGACAGCAAAAGGGCUGGUUGAAAUACCAUAUGGAGAUAAGGACCAAAUCGGGGAUUUCACUCUCCUCACAGGGGAUGUGGUGGAGUUUAACAUAGCUACUGACAGAAGAGACAAGCUUCAGAGGGCCACACAUAUAGAGCUACUAGAUGAAACAUUCGUGACAUCAUCUGAAAAGCGAGAUACGGGUGUUGUGUCCUCGCUAAAGGAGGGGUUUGGCUUCAUCCAGUGUACAGAUCGAGAUGCACGCAUGUUUUUCCACUUCAGUGAGCUGAUGGACAGCUCAAGGGAGAUCACUCUUCAGGACGAAUUGGAAUUUACUGUGGUCCAGGACCCAACCAAUCGACAAAUCGCUAUUCGGAUCAAGUAUCUACCUAAAGGUUCUGUGUCUUUCCUCAAUGUUCUCCCUCUGAAAUACAUUGGCACCGUGGAUCGGGAGCCAGCAACUCACAAAAGCCCAACUAAGAACAAAGAAAGUGAUAUUGGGAACAUAGUGUUCGAUUAUGAAGGUGCUAUAGAAAACAUACCAUACCACCUCAAAGACGUCGUUGACCCAAAAUGCCUCCCCAGAUAUGGCGACAAGGUGGAUUUUCAAAUUGCUGAACAAAAGCGGAAUAAAGCCAAGAUUGCAGUGAACAUCAAGGUUGUCUUGCGGAACACUGCGACUAAAUGCUAUGGAUUUAUUGCAACUCUGAAGGAGAACUACGGCUUCAUUGAGAAUUCCGAACAUGACAAAGAGGUGUUUUUCCACUUCAGUGCCUAUGAUGGGGAUGCAUCUGAGUUAGAUCUCGGAGAUGAGGUGGAGUAUACACUCACUCGCAAAAGUGCCAAAAUUAGUGCCGAAAACAUUCGGCGUGUAACUAAGGGAACAGUAGCCCCAGAGGAAAUUCAGCGUGACAAGGGAAUCCUCCAGGGGAAGAUAAUCCGUCCUAUGCGGAUCGUGAACCCGGAACAAGAGGAGUAUGCUGGGUUAGUGCAGGUUGGAUUUGACGAUGAUGUCAAGACAACCUACACAUACGGGAUCACCAGUCUGGCUGACAAAAGAGACUUCCUACAACAGGGAGACGUAGUCAAGUUUCAGCUAGCCAUGGUCAAGUCUAACGGGAAGGUCAGAGCGGUCAACAUUGCUGCCACCAGAAAGUACAUUCGGGCUAAAGUGGACUCUGUCAAAGGACAGUUUGGGUUCAUUAAUUAUGAGGCUGAAGAAGGGAAGAAGUUAUUUUUCCACAUGACUGAAGUUCACGAUGGAGCUGAUAUUCAAAUUGGAGAUGAGGUUGAAUUUGUUGUGGUACAAAACCAAAGAAAUGGCAAAUAUUCAGCCUGCAGUCUUCGUAAACUAACUGACCAGCGUCGUCCAGAACGAUUACUCAGCCGCUUAAAGAGCAUGAAUGACGACCCUACGGGACCCAAACUGACAGUCCUGCGCCAGCCUAAAGGCCCGGACGGAUCAAAAGGAUUCGCAAAAAGAGUGUUGUGGAAUCGCUCUUCAUAAAAGCCACACAGUGGUAUUGGCUUCCAAAUGUUGUCUUAAAUGAAAGAACCAUCUUAUGACUCUUUAAUGAUACAAAGAAAAGAAAAAAAAAUGGUGAUUUUUCGUCUCAUUCAGAGGUUUUAUUAUGCCCGCUUUUUUGUAUGGGCAUGGUUUGUUUAAACACUGAAAAUAGGAGACAGUUUUUUUGUGUCAGAGAAAAAAAAUGUUGGAAAAUAUUUUGGGAGUAUUCACUUUAAAAAGAUGUAAGUUUCAGUAAAUUUAAAUACAUGUAAGCAAUGCAAUAUGGGGGCUUUUCUUGCUAAGGUUGGCAUACUUCUGGUCAGUAUGAAGUGGUGGAUUUCACCUUCUACAGCAGUCUCAGUAUUAUUGAGUGUUUUAUGGUGUUCUAUAAAAAAAAAGGGUGACAAAAUCUGCAUAAAUGUUAAAAAGAGCAAAAAGUUAGCUGUAAGUACUAAUUGAAACCUUGUAGGCGUCAAAUGCUUUGGAUAUGUUCCGAUUUCAAGGCCAAUCUCCUGUAGUGAAUUCACUCAUCACCUACGUCAAGUGGUUCUUGUGUUAUUUUUACCUCAGAUUUUAGUUUUCAGGAAUUCUGUGAAAUUCUUUUCCUUUUAGUUCGGCCAUGUCAGUUUUGAUGUAUCUAAAUUCUGUUGUUUUAACUUUAUGUUAUGUUUUAUGUGCGUUAAUGUAAACGUUUUUAAUUCUGAGUUCUGAUUAUGUUGAGGGCAUUGCAUGAAAUUGUGUAUCUCCACUUAAAAGCUUCGCUCACAAUAUAUAUAUAUAUAUUUUUUUUUUUUUACAUCUGCUACAGUUUUGUGUAUAUCUCAGCUUAUUGCUUGUCACUGGCCUUCUUGUAUUUGGUGCUACUUAGAUCAGUUCAGUUGCUCUAAAACAUUUAUUCAUUUUUGUCCAACAUUUUUACGUCUUUCUCAGUGUCAACAGAGGCAUGUGAUAAAUGUAGUGUAACUAAAAUCUCUAGUACCACUGCUGCCAGCCUACAGAGUCAGCUUCUGCAAUUGUCGUUUUUCAUUAUUACUUGUAUCGUGAGUAUGUUGUGAUCCCCUGUAACCAGUGUCAUGUCUGUAGCCACCAUUUUUUCUUUGUAUUGUUGUUGCCCUCUUCUAAUUUCCUCAUUUACAAACUGCAGUUACACCCGGGUGGGUUUAAUGUGACUGUGGCAGUGGAACCCAUCUCAGGUUGUUCCUGAUCGCUCAGUGAAAUGGUUACAGUAAUAAAUGUGAUCUACUUUAAGCCUGUGGUGGCUGUAAUACCUAGUACUUUAAGCCUGUAGUGGCUGUAAUACCUAGUACUUUAAGCCUGUAGUGGCUGUAAUACCUAGUACUUUAAGCCUUUAGUGGCUGUACUUAAAUAUGGAACGGUAUCUCUUGAAACUUAGUAAGCACCCUCCACCCUCUUUCAAGUGUGAUCAAGCCUCUAUUUUAGGGCUGGUGUUUCUUGUGCCAGUUUCGUGUGGUGCUUUUUAAAGUUCCUGUACUAGGUAUAGCAGGCGUUAUACUGAAAACUGCUUCCUCUACAUUUGCACUAUUUGUCCCCGCCAGCGCUUUCCAUCCACAUCAUCUUUGUUUCCUCAUCUUUUGUCGGGAGAUUUUAAGAUCAGGCCUGCUCUUGAAAGACUAGACACUGUAUGUGAUUAUCUACACUACUUUUGUCGGGAGAUUUAAAGAUCAGGUUGCUGUCACCUGGUACAUUGAUAUCAAUUUAUUCAGGGUCCAGCUUUUCAGAAUGAACAUCUGUGAAGGGGCUCAUUGGCUAACAAAAAGAUCAGUCUGGUCUUCACAACUGCCAAGCAAACUCCCAGACAGCUCCAGACUUUACGUGCGGUCUGCCCUUGAAAGACUAGAGACAUUGUGAUUAUCUACUCUAUGCAGAUUGAUUGUUUUAACACCAACAGAGAUUAUGUUUGCAUCUCGCAUAAUUUACAAAGCCUUUCUUCAACAGGUAUGUUGGGGUCGGAGAUUCACAAUAGUACACAAUAUGUUUCAGCAGUCGUUACCCACUACAAGUGUUAAUUAGGGAUGAUGUAACCUUUAUUUAAAAUAUUGCCAAAAAUAGCAUAAUAUUAAAUGUUAAGAACGUUGAUCUCAGCUUUGUUUUCCUUUAACCUCAUUUUUUGGACAGACUUCGAAACAUUGUUAUUGCAGUGUAACUCGUAAUGACAGAUUGACAGAAGCUUCAUGGGAGACUGUUCUGUUAAAGAUGUUGAACUCUCCUCCAUUUCUUAGAAAAUCAGUGUUAAAAUCUUUGUGGUUUCCAUAACCUGGUUCAGAGUCAGUGCACCUGGCAAGUGAUGACAGUGGCUUUGCUCAGUGUACCUAUUUUGGAAUGGAAAGCAGUGCCAAGAGGUAAAUUGAUGAAAGUUCAUGGAUUGCUAAAGAUUUUAAUGUGCUGGUGCAUUCUAAUGACUGAAUUGAAAUCCUCAUUAUUGAGGGGUAUUGAAUACGUGAACGAUGUCUUAAAGCUUUACAGUUUGGCUUCUUUCUUGCAUAAAGGUUGCCCGACCCCCACACCCCCGACCCCCCUCAAAAGGAAAAAAAAAAAGGAAUUUCUGUAUGGACUGUUACUUGAAUCUGUUUUUCGCGGCCAUGAACUCAUUUUGCAUGCAUUGAUUUUAAGAUUUUUGCACACUGAGCCACGGCGUGGUCAAUAUUGUAUAUAUUUUCUUUUUUGUGAUACCUCUUUUUUUAAGGGGAACGCACUGUAAUGUCAAUUCCUAUUCUGUCGUGAUGUGAUAUUAUGUAGGACUAUUAGGUAUCUGCAUCAGAGAGAAAUAAAUGUUUAUCAGCUGUUGUCCUAUGUACUAUAACCUUCAGCGUUCGACCUCAAUUCUGCCCAAGAGAUGUCGCUAGUCUACGGCAAUAUAUAUAUAUAUAUAUGUACAAAGAGAGAGAGGCCUGGUGCUGUAUAUGGAAAGGGGUGUCGAAAGAACACUGUUUUGAGUUAACUUGUUUUGAGUUAUACCCGUUGUUGUAUUUUGUGUAAUCUGAGGGGCUUUGUGUAAAUGUUUAACUGUGUUAUAAAAGGGGUGUUCAAGAAAAAGGCCUCCCUGUCACAGCUUUGACCCUAAAGCUUUGAUGGAUAUGCAAUUAGCUAGUAGACAAUCUGUCCCUGUCACAAAUUCUGGCUACUCGAAGAGUUUUACUGGACGCGAAAUCAAAGAGCACUGAAAAACGUUCGUGCAACUGAUGAUCAUAUGUGCUGCGUGAGUUGCAUUUCGGGCUCACUCUGUGAAGGUAUUCUGGAUUAUCCUGUUUUGGAAAUAAAUGUUACAAGUGAUGAUCCGGACCGUUCUUUUGGUUCUGUUAUUUGUUAACAGCGCUAUAUAAUUCAUUGAUAUGGGAAAUGUAUUCUCCGUUUCUUGUCUGUAGGUAGUUGGAUAUUGACUUUUGACUUUGGAUAAAUUUAUCCUUUUAGAUUAGGUUCGAGUUUGGGAUGCCUGCGUCCAGUUUGGACUUCAUUUUCAAUAAAAAUUAUGCAUGGUCAUUUUUUUUAAUAGUUAUUCUCCCAGAGGUUGGGUGACGUAGUUCAGGGGUACGGGUUCAGUUCCGAUCUUCGACUAAUGUUUACACUGAUAUAGG